CCUUACAUAAACACAUAAACACAUGAAUACAUAAUCACAUGACUGGUGUUGUUAAUGACUGAAGCAGCAGCAGGACUAUGGGAAGUUUGAGUUCUGAUGUGGAUGAUGAUUAAAAAAUUCCCCCGGAUUUCCUGCAUGUUCCUCUUCUCAACCCACCAAUAAACUCUCAACCUCAAAUACAAACUCAUGGCCACUUCAAAACCCAGAAUCACCCAAAAACCCAACCUGCCACCCAAACCUAACACACCAAUGACUCCAAACACACCACCUACUCCACACCGACUAAACACAGCUCAUACAUUAAACACCCCACCAACAAUUCAUCAACCAAAAACUACAAACACACAACACGCACCUCACACCAAGUCUGGGACUGGAGAAGAUGGACUGAUACCCUCACUUGGAGAGCUAAAAACACAGCAGAAACUGACUCACCCCUCCAAAGAGAACAAAGGAAAGAAGCUUCAGAUGGAUGCUGGAAGAUCAGAACCUGAUGGUAGUGAGAUGGCCGAGUGUGUUAAAGCAGAGCAGAACUUGAUGGUGCCCCCUCCCAGUCUGGAAGAGAAACACUGCCACUGUAUUUGCCACCUGCACAAACCAGGUAUGAAGCUGGUGUGGGUUCCACUUGAGGAGAAGGACAGGAGCAACAUGGAGCAGUUGACAGUACAGAUGGGGGAAAGCUCCUCAUGCAGAACAAGCAUGAAAUUAGAACAUAGCACUAACAAUCACACGACUAGCACCCACAAUGCUAACAGAGGCACUCCUACCACACCCUCAGUCACUGAAAGAUCUCACACAAAGCCUCAGUGCUACAGCUGUAGGAGUUUCCGACUCCAUCACAGCCAGCAGGAUGUGGCUCUAAAUGAGAACAUGUAUGAGAGCAUGGAAUUGUUUUUUUCCUUUCCACCUGAAGAACCCCUCUAUCUAGAGCUCCAACCCUCUGAUCCACCCCUCUCAUCCCCCACACCCCCCAAACCCCCACCUCGACCACCCGCCACACUGCGCUCCCGUCACAAAGAGAGGCGGAACACCCAGCCUGUCCUGGCCUACAUGCUGUCACCCAGAGGCGGCCGUCCACCAAUAAGAACGCACAGCAGCUGUGGAACAGAAAGUGGAAUCACGGCACCAGCAAAACUAAAGACAGAAAAAAGACGGGACCUGAAACAAUCAGGGGCUCAGGACGAGACACAUGAUAAACAGGAGAAGGUGAUGUGUUCCAGUGAAGCUGAGGUUCACAGUGAUAAUGUCCACGAUGAUUAUGAGGUGCUGCAGUGCAUGAGUGACACCCCCCGAAGGAAGUGUAUAAGUGAGUGUGUAAUGGAUGGAGAGGUGAAAUUGUGGCAACAUCUCAGCAUGGUAAAGGAAAGUGGAAUGUUAAACAAUCUCCCCAACGUCCAGAUACAGAGACAGGAGAGCAUGUUUGAGGUAGUAACCACCGAGGCUUCAUUCCUGCGCUCACUGAACGUACUCAGAGAUCACUUCCUGGGUUCAAGGGAACUUGAUGACACGCUGGUGCUUCAUGACAGGAAGUCACUCUUCUCCAACAUCAUGCAGGUGCAUGAGGUCAGCCAAAGGUUCCUCGAGGAUCUGUUGAAGCGGGUGGAUGAGUCUGUCCUCAUCUCUAGUGUUUGUGACAUCAUUUAUCAUCACGCAACUACACACUUCUCUGUUUACGUGGAGUACGUCAGAAACCAGGUGUACCAAGAACAGACCUACAGUCGACUCAUGCAGUGUAACCGAGUGUUCCACACAGUGAUGAGAAGAUUAGAAGAAUCUCCCCUUUGUAAUCGACUUCCUUUCACCUCCUUCAUGUUGCUGCCCUUUCAGAGAAUCACUCGCAUUAAGAUUCUCAUCCAGAGUAUACUGAAGAACACGCCUGAGGGGUCGACAGAGGAGAACACCGCCUACAGAGCACUGGCUACAAUUAAUGAGAUUAUCAAACAGGCAAACACACAGGUCGGGCAGAUGAAACAGAUGGAGGAACUGAUAAACAUUGCCAACAUCCUGGAGUUUGACAAACUAAAGGCAAUCCCACUGGUGUCUCAGCAGCGUUGGUUGGAAAAGCAAGGUGAGCUAGAGGAGCUCAGUAAAGGAGGAUCUCUCUUCAGCUUCCGGCUGCGCUUUAACCCGGUCUACAUCUUCCUCUUCAAUGACCUCCUGAUCCUCACACGCAGGAGCAGCGUAAAUCCUGAUCGCUUCCAGGUGCUGGACCACGCCCACCGCACUCUGGUCCAGGUCCAGCCCAUGGACGGUGGGGUUCAGUUAGGCCACGCGUUUUGUCUGACAAUGCUGGAGAAUCACCAGGGCACCAUGUGUGAACGUAUCAUGAAGGCUAACACAGAAUCAGACCUCCACAGGUGGGUGGCAGCACUGCCCGUUCUUUCUGCAUCACCUGAAAUCAAGGAAGAAAAAGUGUACGAGGACUGGGACUGUCCUCAGGUGCAGUGUGUACAGCAGUAUGUAGCAAAACAGACUGAUGAGCUCGGCAUGGAGCCCUCUGACAUCAUCAACGUCAUCCGAAAAACCAGUGAAGGUUGGUGGCAGGGAAUUCGUCUCUCUGAUCGGAUGACUGGUUGGUUUCCUCAUGAUGUUGUGGUGGAGAUAACCAAUGAGCACCAGCGCAGACGUCACCUCAGAGAGCAGUACCACAUCUCACAGACGACCGAUCACAGCGACGAGUGCUAAACUCAACCAUAACCAACCAAUCACAGUGAUUAGUACUGAACUCUACCAUAACCAACCAAUCACAGUGAUUAGUACUGAACUAUACCAUAACCAACCAAUCACAGAGCUCUGCACUGAACUACUAAACCAGUCACACCACUUUGACCGCUACCAUAAGUCAAAUGUAUUUGAAAAGCACGACGUCCAUCAUCUUAAAGCACCUUUACAGAUUCCAGCUCAAAAACCAUUAAAUGAGCAGCUGAUGGUGACAGUGAGCACCAGUGGAACCGGGAUGAACAGGGACCUCCGUCCUCCCCAGCCGGCCUAACAUGACCAGCUGAGUAAAGACCAGAGACUUUAACACUGCCAGCCAAUCACAAAGCUUUAAACAAAACUGAUAACCCCAAACCUAACCAACCAAUCAAAGAUCUUGAGCUCUGGUAAGCACUGCCAGUUGUUGACCUGAUUGGUCAGUACUAACGGCUGUUGAUGUGGAACUGGACAAUUCAGUUUCCAUUAAUAUACUUAAACUUCACCUACAAUCCAGAGCCUCUUUAUAAGUGCAGUAAAACCACACCCACUAAGCACAAGCAGCAUGCUAACGGUAGCUCGGUGCUCUAAUAAUAAUCGAAAGGUUGUGGGUAGGGCUGGGCGAUAUGACUAAAAAACUCAUAUCUCCAUAUGCUUUUGAGAAGUGGCGAUAUAUGAUCCGAUAUAAUAUAAACUUAAAGUAGAUGGGGUCAGAUAAUGGCGGGACAGCGGAGUGUGUGCGUGCGCGCGCCCAACCGCUCAUGAAGCGAAGACACCGCGAGACUCAGCGCUGUUGUUUUAAAUGUUGUCACGUGGUAACCGCUGUAUCAGAGGCUACUCGAUAUAUCGAACAUUUUUAACAUGGUGUAAAAAGUAAUAUCGUAUAUAUCUAUUUUUGUUUAUACCGCCCAGCCCUAGUUGUGGGUCCCCGUGUUUAACAAUAAAUUCGUUCUGUAGUUUUAUUCUUUACUUGUUUUAAUGACAGAUCAGCUUCACAACAAUGAUUUAUGUAAUAUUUCUAAUGUCUUUUCUGUACUCAAAUAAUAUCACUUAAUUGUGAGCCUAAAUGC